GCAUGAAAUCCAGAAAUGCACCAGAGCUUUGUACUUUGCAAAACAGCUGCACUUUAUGGCAUUGAGACUUUUGUUAUUUCUGUUGAUUGUUAUUUCUCUUAUUUCUCCAGGUGCCUUCAGGACAAAGUAUUAGGACAGUUUGAAUCAGAUUUUGUUACUACAAGAAAAGAAAAGUUUAUUCUGCAGAUGUCUGAAGAUUGCUUAUACCUGAACAUAUACACACCUGUGUCUACAGAAAAACAUGAGAAACUGCCGGUCUUUGUGUGGAUCCAUGGAGGUGGACUAGCUUUUGGAUCAGCAUCACCCUAUGAUGGUUCAGCAUUAGCAGCCUUUGAGAACACGGUAGUUGUGGUAAUUCAGUACAGACUGGGUAUUCUUGGAUACUUUAGCACUGGUGAUAAGCAUGCUCGUGGUAACUGGGGGUAUUUGGACCAAGUGGCAGCUCUUCAGUGGAUUCAGGAAAAUAUCAUACACUUUGGAGGAGACCCGGGAUCCGUCACCAUCUUUGGAGAAUCUGCAGGGGGAAUCAGUGUAUCUGCUCUGGUCUUAUCUCCACUGGCAAAGGGCUUGUUCCAUAGGGCCAUUUCAGAGAGUGGUGUUGCAAUCAGGCUUUUAUUCACUGAAAGGCCUGAGGAAGAAGCACAGAGAAUUGCUGCUGCAUCUGGCUGUGAAAAAUCCAGUUCUGCUGCUCUGGUUGAGUGCUUAAGAGAAAAAACAGAGGAAGAGAUGGAACAGAUCACUGUAAAAAUGGAUCUGAUAACAUUGCGACUAUGCCAUACCUCACCUGAGAACUGUGAACAGCAUCCCAUGUUCAUCAGUUCAACUGUGGAUGGUGUAUUUUUUCCAAAGAGUCCCAGGCAACUACUGUCUGAAAAAACAAUUAAUGCUGUCCCAUAUAUAAUAGGAGUGAAUAACCAUGAAUUCGGUUGGGUUGGUCCUGAAGUAAUGAAAUUUCCUGAUUUUACACACGGUUUGGACAAAGAAGUUGCACGUCGAGUAUUGCAGAGCUCGUUUGUAUUAUCAUUUAAGGAUAUUCCUUCUGACAUUGUUGAUCUUGUAUUCAAUGAAUACAUGGGGAAAGCACAGACCCGUGCUCAGGUGCGAGAUGGCCUUCUUGAUGCUAUAGGAGAUCACGUGUUUGUUUUCCCAGCCAUUGAAGUGGCCAGAUACCACAGAGAUGCUGGCCACCCAGUCUACUUCUAUGAAUUUCAGCAUCGACCAAGCUCAACCACAGCACCCGAGUUUGUAAAAGCAGAUCAUGGAGAUGAGAUUUUCUUUGUCUUUGGAAAGCCGUUCUUAGCUGGGAAUGCUACAGAAGAAGAAAAUAAACUUAGCAGAACUGUUAUGAAAUACUGGAGUAACUUUGCUAGAAACGGAAAUCCCAAUGGGGAAGGCUUGGUACAUUGGCCUCAGUAUGAUGUGGAUGAAAGAUACCUGGAAAUAGACCUCAUACAAAAGGCAUCAAAGAAGCUGAAAGAAGACAAAAUGGAGUUUUGGGUACAGCUGACAGAACAAAUUAGUGAAAGAAGGAGAGAACACACAGAAUUGUGAGAGCUGCAGUGGACACAUUUUCCUUUUACAACAUGAAGAAUCCCAAUGGGGAAGGUCUGGCUGAACAGCCAUCCUACAGACUAAAAUGAAAAACGCUUUGGAGAUAAAUCUAAAACGAAGGAAAGACAGAAGUUGAAGGGAAAAGAAGGUAGACUUCUGGGAAAAGGUGUUGUUUGAAAAGCCAACUAGGAAAAGAAUGGAAAACAAGAGAGUUACUAUAGAGCUAUAACUUACCGUCUAAACAUGCAUAAUAGGCAUAGUAUUUAGGAUAGCAAAAGGAAUUCUUGGAAAUAUUUUUGGAGGGUAAAAUAAUGUGUCCCUUCCUUUCACCUUUUCUUUGCAGUUCUCAUAUUUACGCUUAUUUGCUGUAAUUAUUGCAGUGGACCAAUUUCCACUUGGUACUUUUCCCUUGGUCCUUGUCCUCAGCAGAAUACUUUCCUGUGCAAUACAGUUAACAGAUCUGUCUGCUCUUCAGGUUUUUCUGUAGAUUUGCCAUUGCUGAAGAAGAAUGUGGCAGCAUUGUUGUGUUAAUAAAGCUAAAUCAAUUAA